UCAGCGACCUGCACGUAGCAUGGGUGCAAGCACUUCACUUGCUAGACACCGCGGUAUCUCAAGCGCGUGUCUCACCUUGCAACCAAGUGGCCGUCACUCACUUUCACCUUUCACUUAUGACCUGUGCGCGCGUACGCCCACUCAUCCCACCAACCACAUACCGCGGUCUGCGCUCAACCAUACACCACCAAGCUCCGAUCAACUCAACCACCAGUCUUUCAGCCACCCAUCAUGAGUAUUUUCGCAAGCAAAGCCGCUUUCAUGCAACUCGGCCUCGUGCUGAUCGCGCCUUCAAAAGCACUCAUGUACCAGGACUGCUACAUCUGCAAGGACCCUCUUCACGUCAACAUCGACACAGUCCCCUCCGAUGCACACCAUACAGCAGUACGCAUCGGGGUCUGUGGCCACAUACACGGUCAAGUGUGUCUGGCUGCCUGGCUGAACACCGGAAACUCCUGCCCCACCUGCAAGCGCAUGCUCUUCGAGGCGUCCGGCCGCACCAUCAGCCAGAAAGACCUCAACGACGUGGUUCGCGCCGUAGGGCCUUUGUUUGGCAAGAUGCGCGUUGCGUCAGCAGUUGCUCGUUUGUUGGAGAGGAAAGAACUUGAACAGACUCAGCUGCGACGCUCUUACGAGGAGGAUCUGAACAGGAGAAUGGCUGAGCAGAUUCAGUCUCGCAGGGACGACCUGAUGGAUGACGAGUAUUGGAUGGAGAGUGGUGAUGAGGAGGACUUUGACAUGGAUGACGACGAGGAGGGUGGUGUACCAUUGCUCGGGGACGACAUGCAGCCAGGAUCGAUGUCUGCUUAGGAGCGACAGCCGCGCCUGGAAGC